AGAUGAAAGAUAUAAAAAAAGAAAGUUUUCAAUAUGGAAUGAGAAGUUUGAAUUCACGUUCGUCAGGUUGUAUGAGACCAAAGUUAUUUCAUGAUAAUGUAUCUAGUGCUAGAUUGUUUGUUAGCCGGUUAAAUAAGUUUACAGAACUAGAGUUUCAUAAAGGCUGCGUCAAUUCAUUGAAUUUUAAUCAAUCUGGAGAGCUCAUUGUCUCUGGGAGUGAUGAUUUACAAAUUGCAAUCUGGGACUGGACCAGAUAUUGUAAAACACCCUUUUUAACAUACAACAGUGGACACACACGAAAUGUUUUCCAGGCAAAGUUCAUGCCCAAUUCAAAUAAUGCAACAAUUGCAAGCUGUGCUCAAGAUGGACAGAUUCGAAUUGGCUGGAUACUAAGCGAGGUAGAUACAAAAAAAAUAGCUCAACACAAGGGAGCUUCACAUAAGUUAACAGUAGAGGAUGGUUCUCCUCAUAUUUUAAAAACAGUAGGAGAGGAUGCUGUUGUUUAUCACAUUGACCUUCGGGAAUCCCAACCUCACAAAUUAAUGACUUUGAACACUCAAAAAAAUUGUAAAGUACCUUUAUUCAGUAUAAGUUCUAAUCCAAUGAACUCUUGUGAAUUUUGUGUUGCAGGACGAGACCCUUGGGCCAGAAUAUAUGAUACACGAAAAAUUGAUGAGAGUGGAAAAGAAGUCCUUAAAAAGUUUUGUCCUACAGAACUGCAGGCUUAUUCUGGAUUUGCUGCAAAUAUAACAUGUUCAAUGUACAACUAUAAUGGAUCAGAAUUGUUAUGCAGCUAUAACGAUGAUGACAUAUAUCUUUUUCAUACAACAGACAGCGAAAGUGAACCAAAGCAUACUUAUAAAGGUCACAGAAAUUCUGACACAGUAAAAGGAGUAAACUUUCUUGGAUCGCGUAGUGAAUAUAUUGUCAGUGGAAGUGAUUGUGGUUAUAUUUAUAUUUGGCAAAAAGAUACUGAAGAAAUUGUCAAUUUCUUACAUGGUGAUAAUGUUGGUGUGGUAAAUGUGCUUGAACCACACCCAAACGAAUGUAUCUUAGCAACUGCAGGGCUUGAUCAUGAGGUUAAAAUAUGGAUGCCAACUGGUGAAGGUUUUAAUGACUUGGAAAAGUUGAACAAGCAAGUGAAAGUAAACCUUGAAGCUCGGCUUAAUGAUCGAAAACGUGCACCUGAUCUAUUUGAAAGUCAGCUCAUAUUUCUUAUGGUCAGACAUCAUCAAAGACAACGAAGAAGGCGUUUAUCCCAAAACGAAGAUGGUUUAGAAGAGAACAUUGAUGACUCAAGUGACGACGAUGACGACAACGACGAUGAUGAUGAUGAUAAUUUGUCUAUGGAUGAUAACGAUUCUUUAAAUGAUACUGGUGCAAGAUGUGUACAGUCUUAAUGUUUAUAUUCAUUAUAAUAUUUUUAUGCAGAUCUGCUCUAUUGGUUGCAGGCUUUAAAGUUUACCGGCUACCGGUUUGACUAAUUUUUUUGAAAGGAAUAUUUAUUUCAAUCACUCAACAAGAUUUCGAAGUUGCAUUAUAAUGCCAUGAAAAGAUAUGCUUACAAGAGUUUAAACGUUGGAUUAUUAUAACCACUGACAUUUUUUCUUUUGACAUUAGUUGCUAUCGAUAUCUUUUUGUUGUUGACAUUUUGUUGUUGCAUUGACAUCUUUUGGACAUGUUGCUUUCCUUUAUUUAUUUUUUACAAUUCAAAGAAACUUAAGCUUUAAAAAACUAAACAGGUUUUUUGUUCUAGGUUUUUUUUUUCUUUGUUUAACAAAUGGUUUAACUAAAAAUUAUUUCUGUAAAUAAGAUAACUAAUAUUAUUGGACGAUUUGUAAAUAAAUCUUUUUCUAUGAAAAUUUAAAUAAGAUUGAA